AUGCAUCAGCAGAGGGGAGCUGCAGGUCUCCUUGUCUUACCAGCCUGCGGCGCAGAGAAUGACCGUCGUGGUGCUGAAAGCCAGACAUUUGCCAAAGAUGGACAUCACUGGCCUCUCAGAUCCCUACGUUAAGGUGAACGUUUACUACGGCAGAAAGCGCAUCGCGAAGAAGAAGACUCACGUGAAGAAGUGCACUUUGAAUCCCGUCUUCAACGAGUCCUUCAUUUACGAUAUCCCCGUCGAUCUCCUUCCCGACAUCAGCAUCGAGUUCCUAGUGAUCGAUUUCGACCGCACCACGAAAAACGAAGUGGUGGGACGGCUGAUUCUGGGGGCGCACAGCAUCACCGCCGCGGGUGUGGAACACUGGCGAGAGGUGUGUGAGAACCCUCGGAAGCCGGUGGCCAAAUGGCACAGCCUGAGCGAAUACUAGCAGGGGUUGCGGCAGCGACAGCCGACGCGUAGAACAGACUUAAACCUUGUGUAGCUGUAGAACUAAACUUUCGUAAGAAGCAGCAGCUGAUUGGUUCUCUAGUGAUGUGAUUUUGCAGGGCACUAAAAUUCUAAAGAGCAUUAAAUGAAAAAAAAAA